GAGUUAUAUCUAGGUAGCUAUAUAAAAGUGAGGCAGCGGAGCGCCCGGCAGUUCCUCCACAGAAUCUGUCCGAGUCCGACGUAUCAACCUUCACCAUGCAGCGGCUAACCUUGUUUUUACUCUCGGCGGUGUUGGCUGUCGCUCUGGCAGAGGGCCAGUACUACGUGCCCCGCGCGUACUACACAAUCGACCAAACAGGGCACGCGUCGGUGCCCGUGCCCCUGCAGCGCCUGCGUCGGUCCUUCUACCCUUAUCCCGGCCCUGGAUCUGAUGCCAAUGCCAACGCUAACGCCAACGCAUGGGGAGGUGGCAACGCUAACGCGAACGCGAACGCCAAUGCCGGCGCCGGGCGUGAAUUCCCCGGCGGCAGCUGGGGCGUCCCCGGAGCAUACGGAGCUGCGAAGCCAAUGGGGGCCUAGCGGGCGAGCGACAUAACUAACUCCGGUGUGGGCCAUCCUGAACUUUUCCACCAGCUGCACGCGCCGCGCGCCGCCGCCCGCGCCCCGCGGCCUACCGUGCAGCUGCCGGAAGACCACUUUAUUGUAUCUAAGUUGUUACUAAUAAAAAAUGCAUUUUGAAAUGUUUAA